AGCUUUCAACCAUUUGUUUCCGCCCGUCCUGGAGGACUUCGUACUUAUUGCGGAUUCUAACAUCGAACAGGACGUGUACUGUAAUAUUGGGCUCUUGGCCAGCUCUCUAGUCAACAAAAAUGGUUUCUCAAAUGCCAUGGGACAGACUCCGAGGAGAUACGAUACGGCAAGUCAUCAAGGAGCUCGGUUUCAGUUACCAAGGUCUUCGCCGGGAUGAGAUGGUGGAAUACCUGGAGGCUGUAGAAUCCGAAGGAUUGGACGCUGUUCUGGCGUCGCAGGAGGAACGGCGAGCUCUUUGGGAGAUCGCCAACCCUCGAGCAAAACGACCUAGAUUAACAGGAGAAUCGCCUUCAAAGAUGGCUACUCGAGGUGUUGCCGAAAGACGAAGUCCCUCUCGUGCUAUAUUCGACUGCGUCUUGGUUGCGCAUCGUCCUUCUAUGAAGGCGCGAUCGAAAGGAAAGGGGAGGAGUAAGGAUAAGAGCCAUGAGAGUGGUGAUGCAUCUCCUCCUUAUCAGCCGCCUUCAAGUACUGUCAGUGAGGAGAUCGAGAUGGAGACCGAGGAAACUAGUCAGGUUGAGGAAGAAGAACUUGCUGGUUUGGCGGUUGACGUACCACGCGCAAGCAAGAGAUCGCCUUUGCGCAGUGCUCAAGGGGCAGUGAAGACGUAUGCAGGACGGAAACCGGGACGACGGAGGAAAUCAGCUGCUAUCUGAUGUUCAUAUCGUCUUUCUGUAUGCUCAUUAAUGUUAUUCAAUCUAAUCAAGGCCUUGUACAAGUGUUCAUACUACUGUACCCUCCAACGAUUCUAUUGCUACUGUACACAUGGCAUUCAGUGUGUGUUAUGCAAGGACUCCGGACAUUGUGUUUUCAGAUACAUCUCU